UGUCAUGUUACAACAUUGUCUUGAUUAGAAAUUAGUAAAGCAGAAAAUUAAUUAGUCUACAAAGUAUUAAUUAGCAAAUAAUGCUAGCCAUUUCUUCUUCAUCUUCUCCUUUGAUUUCUAAUUAUAACUAUGGCUGGCAAUUAGAGGAUCUAAUUAUGAGCCAACAACUAAACACUACUGCUUUAGAAACAUCAGAUUCAACAUCUCAAAAAAGUCUUCAACACUGUGAUUCCUCAAACAAAUUUGAUCAUCAGAUUAUUAUAGGUGAUGAUAAUUAUUAUCAACCUGAUCAGACGGUGAAGAAGCUUAAUCAUAAUGCAAGUGAGCGUGAUAGGAGAAGAAAAAUCAAUAGCUUAUAUUCUUCUCUUCGUUCUUUGCUUCCAGCUUCUGAACAUACGAAAAAACUAAGCAUUCCAUCAACAGUAUCAAGAAUUCUAACGUACGUACCAGAGUUACAAAUUGAAGUGGAACGAUUAAUUCAGAAGAAAGAAGAAUUUACAUCAAGAACUAUCUCCAAUAAAGAAAAUUCAGAUGAUUUUAACAAGCAAAAAAGAAGAAGAGGAGGAACUGAGAGCUCUUCAUUUGUUAUUUCAGCAAAUGAAGUAGGUGAUAAAGAAGUUGUGAUUCAAGUAUCUACUUUGAAGAUCAAUAAAGGUUCAUUUUCUAAGGCUAUAUCAGAAUUAGAGGAUGAAGGACUUUUUCUACUAAAUGCAUCUACUUUUGAAACUUUUGAAGCUAGGAUCUUCUAUACCUUGCAUUUUCAGGUUGAAGGAACUAUGGUAGUCGAGGUUGACAUGUUAAGAGACAAGCUCUCAUCAUAUUUUGAGAUGGCAGAAAAGCUAUUAUGAAAAUGAAUUUCUAGCUUUAUCUUUAUUAGAAAACCUUCUUUUCUCCACUUUUUAUCGUAGGACAAGUGCAGUACAAAAUGUAAAUGUAUUUUU